AUGUCAGAGGAAUCGCUUAUAAUCACCUCUUCAAUUAGUCCCUUUGAUAUUACAAUAUUGUUUCUGAUCUAUGAUUAUUGUUUUGAGUUUGAUGUUGAUACUCGAACAUCAAUUGACGUGUUUUUAACAUUGAUUACUCCAACAUUUCCGACAGUAGAACAUAAUCCACUUUUGCAAGGUAAUUCGAAUUGUUAUAAUUUACCAAAGCCUGUCUAUCCAACGUUAAUUGAUCUAUAUGAAUACCUGAAGAACAAUAAUUAUGAAGCUACAUUUCGAAAGUUGAUGAGUAUGUUAUUAUCCAUCAAUAAUUUUGAUUCGAUAUCCUACAUAUUGAAUAGAAUUGAAACAGAAUGUUUGGUUAAAACCAACAAAGAAGCUAGAGAGUCCAAAAGAAUAUACAAAAGUAAAAAAGUAGUUAAGUCAAGUUUACUGGGAAUCUUCAUAACAAGGUCAAUUUCUAGAUAUGCUAUUUGUGAGUUUGAUGAGAAAAACAGACUAUGGAAAAAUUAUCAAUUAUUUGUCAAAUCAUUUACUGAAUUACCAAUAUGGAAAACAAUUUCUGGGUCAAUUGAAAAAUAUGAUGGCUUCCAAAAGGUUGAUAAUAAUUUUAAUGAAAAGGAUGAUUCUUUGGUUAAAUUUUUAGAUACAAUGACUACAAAAAUAUUCACUUGUAAUCAAUUAGGUACUAUGAUUUCACAUAAUCAUUUUCAAUCAAUAUUGAAUUGGGAGGUAUAUAACGUGUCACAGUUCCAUAAGAUUGAUAAAUCUAAAGUGGAUAUAAUAUUUAAUCAUUUACCGUUACAUGAUUCUGCUAAAUUUCCAACUGUUCACCUCCUGAAGUACUUGAUUGCUUUAGAAGACUAUUGUUAUCAGGAUGCUUUAACAUCUCUUCAUAACUACUUUGAUUAUAUGUUAACACAAAAUGCAGAUAAUUAUUUUCAUAUUUCAUUGUUAGGAUUGGGAGCAUGUUAUGCUUAUUUCCACGAUUGUGAAUCUGCUAUUAAGUCGUAUACCGAAGCUACAAAAGUGGCAAGAGAAUAUAAAGAUAGUACUAUAUUAAAUUUAAUUAUGCUGUGGAUCGUCGAGUUUAUCCAGGAACAUCCGGAAUAUACGAAUAGAUUUCAGGUGAUGAUUAACCAGAUCGUACGAUAUUUGAAGACAUCUAAUGAAAAUGAAGCUUCAUUUAUAUUUGGAAAUGCUUAUAAAUUUGAGACAUUUUUAAAAAUGUCUAAGAAUGAUUCAUCUAUUGAGAUAUUAGAAUCAAGAUUUAAAUAUGCUGCAAUAGCACAUCAAAGUGUGCUUAAUAAUAAUGAAAUGGAUCAGUUUCUAAAGCAUUCCUUUAUUAUAUGGGAUUAUUUUGGAAGUAAAACAUUGACUGAACUGUAUCGUAAUAUGUCAAGUAAAACAAGUGAUAGUUUGUCAACAAAAAUAGCAAAUGUUUUUGAAAAUUCAUUAAGCGAUUUAACUGAAACUCUUACAGUGUUACGGAGUAUCCACUCGCCCAAUAUCACAUAUCAGCAACAAAUGGGAAUUAAAUUAAUUAAAAUACGGUAUCUUCUGUUAACUGAGGAUUACCAACAAGCUUUAGAUUCCCUUCCAACUGAAAAAAACACAGAAUUUAUGGAUUUUCGUUGGAGAACUACGUUUGAACUAGAAAAAUGUAACAUUUUAAUUGCUAGCAAGAAUGGUAUCAGGUCUCUAUCUGCUCUGUUAAAAUUGAUAGAUAUUCUAGCCAUAAUUAAAAAUCCAAAAUAUUUACAUCAAGCAUUAGUGCAACUCGUUCAAAUAAUGAAGCAACAAAAUAAAACACAAGAAGCGCAAAAGUUGUUUAACAGUAACAUAGCAUUACUCUUAUAUUACAAUUCAUCAGAUAUAAAUACUUUAAGAGUAUAA